CUGGCUGUGGUGCGGUCAACCUCUCUCUCUCAGUAUGUUUGCGUCAUAUUGUGUUCUUGUCUCUCCUCUCCUUGACCUAAAACCAAUCCCGUCCUUCCCCCUCCUUUGCCUCGUGUCCUUGUUAAGUUUUGUUUCAUUAGGUUCAGUUUGCCCGUUCGCCUCACAGUCGUUGGUCGGAUUUUUGUUUGCCGACCCUUUUUCUGCGUUCUUGCCGUUCCAGGAAAAGAGAGAGAAUAAGAAGACGACGAUGAGGAGGAGGAUGAUGGCAAAGAAGUCGUUUAAUUCAAUUUUUUUGUGAGGGGAUCUCUUUGUGUUCAAACACUGCACUGUGUUGGUCGUAGCACGAAUGGGGGGAGGCCGGCUGCUGGAGACGGUGGUGGCGGUACUAGGCAUGUGUAGCGGACGGACGUGGUGCGCUUUAGCAGUUGUGUCUGUGACGGGCGGCGCUUGGAUUCUGAGCCUUUACCAGGAACGACAAGAGGAGUUGGUGCAGCGCAUCGUGUAUCGCGACCGUGACCCCGAUCGGGUCUCCGGUCCCAUCAGCGCUCGUGUCGCCCGCGUUCCACUGUUCCAGCCUGUGCCCUGGCCCAAGGGUCUGUUCAUUCUGGACGGUGGUCGGCAGCAGGAGCGGCACGACGUGUGCAGUGUCUCGGGACUGCCAAGGUUCCGCUGUCCAUUCCCGCGCAACAGAGACAUGACGUUUGCCAACGCACUGCUCUUGGCACUAGCCCACAAUCCGGUCCUUAGGCACUACAUUGUUGCCAUGCUGGCGAGUGCGCAGCGGGUGUGGCAGCAGGUUUGGGAGGCGCCUGUUCCGGUGCGGCAGUCGUUGACGGCAUUGUCUGACUUUUCGUCGACGAGUUGCUCGAUUCCAUCGCCGUCACGCGAGUCUCUGCGAGCCAUGAAAGCGGGCAUUGACGUAACGCCCCUUCUGGCGAGUGUGCGGAUGCGGGCCGGACGGCGUCGACACGCGGACCGUCAUGUGGACAGCGUGGACGACUUUCUGUGGCUCCUGCUCACCAAUCUGGCAGAAGAUUUGCAGUGCGGUGCGGAGUUUUCCGAGGCUGUGCUUGGGAGUCAGCGGGUGAGUCUGUGGUGUCUGGAGUGCGGCAAGCUGGCCUUGGUGGACACGGACUCCGUUUCUGUACCACUGGAUGGGCUGCUCGUCGAGGACGGCGUGGCGAGCGGACUGAGACGCGGCCUGGUGCGUCGUGCAGCGCGACGAGACAAGGGGCUACAGGCCGCCUUUUUCCGGCCCGAUGAGCCAUGCAGGCAUUCGUCUUUUCGUUGCAUGGCAACGGCAACGGCAUCCAAAUCCUCAUCGUCAUCACACAACUCGACAGCAAUCGGGCGCCCGGCCAUGCUGGUCGUGAGUGUGCCUGAUGCGGACUUCGUGUCGUUCCCAUUGCGACACGGCCUGGCGCCGGGCUACGAUCUGCAAUGUGCCCUGUACGCCUCGUCGGUGGAGGACGGCGGACAACGGACGGUCGAGUCCUUCUCAUGCGCAUUUCGCAAUGGGCUCGAUGCACGCUGGUAUUUUUUCGACGGCCACGACAACUAUUACUCGUUGCCGGACGCAGGGUCGCCGUUGUCAUCGUCUCCGUCCAGUGCCGCCCUGAAGGACGCGUUGCAUUUCACGCCGCCCGUCAUGCUGAUCUACGUCGCGCGUAACUGGGCGAGAACAGUAGUCGCCAAAGCGGAUAUCAACCACAAUGCGCAAUGCUUGUCGCCGACGUCCUCUGGCGUCGUCUCUCGAUUGACCUCUUGCCUGAGUGCCGCCUUCCGCUGUCUCCUCACCUAAAAAUCGCGUUUCUCUUUCUCUUCCACUUCUUCAUCAUCAUUCUCCUCCCUCUCUUCUCUCAGUUCGAGUUGAGUACUCCACAUGCCGCACAUACUUUUCCCCUGAUUUUUUUUUAAACGUGUGAACGCGUUUCUGGUCACUAUGUUGGAAGGUUUAUUAACGAAGGAAACGAUAUGAAUGGCUUCACUGAAAAUGCAGUUGAACUGCGGUUAACA